GGCGGGGUUCGGGGACCGGAGCCCGAGCCCAGGAGCAGGACAGGCGGCGUCCCGGGCACGACCCCCUACAGCCGGCCCGGGCCGCGCGCGUCUUUUCGCUGCACGCGGGUAACGGCCGGACGCUCCCAGGUGCCGCCCGGGGAGGAUAUGCAGGUUUGCAGCAUGGAGGAACUCUAAUUGAAAGAAAUACUGAGACAAGGCCUCUUUCAACAUGGAGACUGUUUUAUUUGAAGGGGAACCCGACAGAACUUCGAAUCAUGGUGAGAUCAAAGACUCUCAUGGACCAUCAACUGUGGUAACAAACAGUGAUGAAUCACACCUUCUGACUCCAGGAAAGAUGAGCCAGCGCCAGGGGAAAGAAGCACAUCUCACUCCAACCAAAGAUCUACUCCAGCCGACGCUCAGUCCAGGAACUGUCCACAGCCAUGGUUUUGAUAGAGGGAAAGAUGAUGUGUCACAAAGUAAAGAAGAUUCAGCACAUUCAAUGUCAAAAAGCAAGUCUGAAUCCAAGCUUUACAAUGGCUCUGAUAAGGACAUCUCCUCUACUUCAAGCAAGCUCACAAAAAAGGAGUCUCUUAAGGUUCAAAAGAAAAAUUACAGGGAAGAGAAGAAGAGAGCUACGAAAGAAUUGCUUAGCACAAUCACAGACCCAUCAGUUAUUGUUAUGGCCGACUGGCUGAAGAUUCGUGGUACAUUGAAAAGCUGGACCAAACUGUGGUGUGUGCUGAAACCAGGAGUAUUGCUCAUUUACAAAACCCCCAAAAAUGGCCAGUGGGUGGGAACAGUGCUCCUGAAUGCUUGUGAACUCAUUGAGCGGCCUUCCAAAAAAGAUGGCUUUUGUUUCAAACUUUUCCAUCCCUUGGAGCAGUCCAUCUGGGCUGUUAAGGGUCCUAAAGGUGAAGCGGUUGGUUCUAUAACUCAGCCGUUACCCGGCAGUUAUUUGAUCAUCCGAGCAGCUUCAGAAUCAGAUGGCAGGUGUUGGAUGGAUGCUUUGGAACUGGCUUUGAAAUGUUCCGGUCUGCUUAAACGUACGAUGAUUAGAGAAGGUAAAGAGCAUGACUUGAACUCUUCAGCAGAGAGCACACAUGUUUCUCUCUAUGGCUUAUUGCGUGCUAACAACUUACACAGUGCAGAAAGCUUUCCAUUAAAUGAUAGUGAAAUUGAAAGGCAUCACUUUAAAGAUCAAGAUGUGUACUCAGACAAAUCUGAUAAGGAAAAUGAUCAUGAUCAUGAUGAGUCUGAUAAUGAUGGCCUGGGGAAAAGUGAAGAAAGUGACACUGACACAUCAGAGCGACAGGAUGACUCUUACGUUGAUCCAGAACCUGUUGAUCUUAUCAGGGAAACUACCUAUAUGGAACAGAUUCAUGAAGAACUUGGAGAGGCAGGGGAGGCUUGUCAAACAGAAACAGUGUCAGAGGAGAACAAAAGCCUGAUCUGGAUGCUGUUGAAACAAGUCCGUCCAGGAAUGGACCUCUCCAAGGUUGUACUGCCUACGUUUAUCUUGGAACCUCGUUCUUUCUUGGACAAACUGUCUGAUUACUACUAUCAUGCAGACUUCUUGUCUGAGGCUGCUCUUGAAGAGAAUGCUUACAAUCGUAUGAAGAAAGUAGUGAAAUGGUAUUUGUCAGGAUUCUACAAAAAGCCAAAGGGACUAAAGAAACCAUACAAUCCUAUACUUGGUGAGACUUUCCGCUGCAUGUGGAUUCAUCCCAGGACAAACAGCAAGACUUUCUAUAUUGCUGAACAGGUGUCUCAUCACCCCCCAGUAUCUGCCUUCUAUGUUAGCAACCGAAAGGAUGGGUUUUGCCUUAGUGGUAGUAUCCUGGCCAAAUCCAAGUUCUAUGGGAAUUCAUUAUCUGCCAUAUUGGAUGGAGACGGUCGACUAAUGUUCCUGAAUAGGGGAGAAGAUUAUGUAAUGACCAUGCCAUAUGCACAUUGUAAAGGAAUUCUUUAUGGCACAAUGACUUUAGAGCUUGGGGGAACUGUCAACAUUGCAUGUGAGAAAACUGGAUACAGUGCAACAAUUGAAUUCAAACUAAAGCCAUUUUUGGGCAACAAUGACAGUGUUAAUCAAAUAUCAGGGAAAAUUAAACUGGGCAAAGAAGUUCUGGCUACUUUGGAGGGCCACUGGGACAGUGAAAUUAUUAUUAGCGACAAAAAGACAGAUGUUUCAGAGACCUUCUGGAAUCCAACAUCUGAGAUCAGGCAGCGCAGAUUAACAAGAUACACAGUGAAAUUUGACGAGCAAGAUGACUUUGAGUCAGAGAAACUUUGGCAACAGGUGACUCGAGCUAUAACCAACAAAGAUCAGACAGAAGCUACUAAUGAGAAAUGUGUUCUGGAGGAUGCUCAGAGAAAGGCUGCCAAAGAAAGGAAACUGAAGGGUGAAGAGUGGACCUGCAAACUGUUUGAACAGGAUUCAAUCACAGGGGAAUGGCACUACAAAUAUGCAGAAACCAGACCAUGGGAUCCACUGAAUGAUAUGAUACAGUUUGAAAAAGAUGGUGCCAUCCAAACAAAAGUCAGGCAUCGGACACCAAUGGUUAGUGUUCCAAAAAUAAAACGAAAGCCAACCAGUCAGUCGAAGAAAGGAGAGUGUGGAUUUUCUUCCCCAGAACCUGAUAACCAGGACUCCUCUGGAAGUGAAGCACAACUACUAAAGCAUAAUACAAGAAUCAGAAAGAAGGGGGCAGACCUUGGUGAACUACAAAGUGCCAUUGAAUCUAUAAAAGAAACACAAGAAGACAUUAAGAGGGAUAUUAUGGCUCUACGGAACCGUGUUGCUUCAAAUUCACCACCACUGGAAAACAAUUUCUUGCAGCUUAAGCACUAUGUCUUUAUUUUUCUCAUGGUUCUGGUGCAACUUAUCAUCAAUUUCGUGUUCAAAUAGAAGGUCUGAACAAAAGACUCUUUGAACUGGAAUGCUCAUAUACUUACUGGGACCAUAUUUUAAGUUGGUUUGGACUUUAAAUGAUGCAAUAUUAUCUAAAAGAGCCCUGUAGUUAAAACUUAAAGAACUUCACCUCAAAUCUUUAUGCGUACAUGGAUCAAGAUCUGUCGUAUUCCUGCCUAGCCAGUUGAAGUGGGAAAUGUGUAAGUGCCAGUACUCUCUUGCUCUUUGUGUAUGCCUCACACAAACACAACAAUAGCCUUCUAUCUAUAAUAGCUCAUAGGCUGUACUAACAAAUUUCAGUACAGAAAAUGUCAAACUCAAAAUUCAGAAAUCUGUUCCCCUCUCAGUGGGGACACGUAAUGUCUAUUGAUAAAGAUAAAUUGAGAAAAGAACAAACUUAAAUUAACAAUUUUGUAACAAAAUAACUUCUGAAGUAACCAGCUUUACUAUUUUAUUGAAAGUACUGUAUGGUGAAACGUGUUUCAGAUCAAACAACACAAAUACAUUAGUAAGCACCAUAAGUAAUAGGAAUUGGCUCAACACAGAGUUGAAGGCUUUACCUGAAAUCUUCGUGUUUUAAUGCUCUGAUUUGGGAGGAGGUUUUUCUAAAUAUAUGGCAGUAUUUUAAUUCUAGAUUAUUGUGGUGAUAUACAAACCACUAGAUUUUCAUGGUUGGCCACUUCAAACCUUUUAUUAAAAACGCUGUCUUACGUUGUACAAAGAAUGAAUUGUACAACUGUACAGUACCCAUAACGACUACUAAGUUAAUGGUCCACCAACAUUUCCAUUAUGAAUCCAUGUGUCAGAGAUUUAUAACUAUGUAGUUAAUUUUUUCUCAGUUUACUAAACUUGAAUUAAAUUGUGUGGGCACUUCCAAUAAGUUGAAGAAGAUAGACUACUGCUAUCAAAUGGUUUAUUUGGUGUUUCUGUAACUCAGAAAAAAAUAUUAACAUACAAAGCUGUGUUAAGUGUGAAGGGCUUGAUGUUAAGUUCCAAAAUGAAAGGCAGUUUAGAACUAAGAGUUCAGUCCUGCUAUUAGAUUACCACUGCUAAUUUUAUAAAAUACACAGCAACAAACCUUAGCUGUUUAAGAGCAAGAUGAAGCCCUAAAUCUUCAUUAAAUUCCUCCUUAUUGCAGUAUAUACACACCAUGGAACUCAUCCCGAUAUUCCACAAUUGGACAAACUAAUAAUAUAGAAGUUGGACUUGGAUUUUAAAUGUGACUUUUUAUUCUAACAUGGUUUUGGUCUGAAUUGAUAUGUUUCCAAACAACCAAUUUUUUUAAGCAAAAUUAAGUUUAGAUACCAGCAUUUACAGGGUGAGAUCUCCCUCCCUCCUCCCCCCAUUUUGACCCAUCUACACAAGUUAAAAGGGGCUCUAGAAUCCCAAGUUCUAGAUGGGGAGACCUUCCCUGGUGUAGACGCUGUGGAAGCCAGCCAUAAGGCUGUUUUCCAAGAAGCCCUUCUCAAGUCUUGGCAUGCAGGGGGUAGGGCCACAGCACUGCAGAGAUUCUGGGCAGUGCAGUGGCUGAUGCAGCAGCCUUUCAGGAAUGCCCUAACUUAAACAGGCCCCAGGGCUCUCUAGGUAACACCGUGGGCCUCUCCAGCCCCUAGAAUAACCCAUGACUGGCAGGAUACAAUGGUGUUUUAAAGCCACCUUCCCUUGGGCUGAGAGUCCUGUGCUCUACCAGUCUCAUCCAAUGUUAAUGCAAGUAAAAUUUAGUUAGAUUUGUGCUUUGUCUAACCAGCUUUUAUCUUCCUGUGUCCCUAACAUACAGUU